GUUUGUUUCACUUCCAGUAUACGAAGACAGGAAAUUUUCAAUUUCAGGUUUCUUUGACUUUUUUAAUUGACACACGCUGUGACUAGUGCAUUAUGAUACAUUACGGUAAGUCACAGUCCUUUCAACAAAUCUCGAAAUUAACCACAAAAGGGCGUGCCUGAGGAGCUAUUACUACUACGGAAUGCAGGAUGGGUCAAACUCCUUCAGAGCUCUCUCAAUGCACAGCCAGCACGGGCAGAGCAACAUGGAAAACAAGCGGGACGGCACAACGCCUCGGAAUCUGUAGGUUUAGAGGCAAAGAGAAGCGACAAAACAAAGACUUAAGACGAUAUCCGAUGAAAAGCAAGGCCCUGUCAUGUUUGGGAAGGAGAAAGAGGGACUCGAGUUGGACCGAAACAGAUUUGGACCACGUAAACGUUGCUGAGGAAACAGACCCGCGCAGCAGCGAACACAGAGUUGGAAAGUUACCGAGGGACGAGUUCGUGGCUGAGGCUGGGACCCGCGCAUCGGCCCCCGGUUCUGUUAACGCAAACCAAGGCCUGUAUGAGACAACAGAUAGGCCUACUGUUCAACGCACAGUGAACCGGGAGGCAGCCGCUGGCUCCUCCGAUGCGUCACGUUUGGGAAAGCGCAGCGGAGAAGUCGGCGGUGUGGGCUGCCCUGAGAACAAUGCCGCGCUUCCCUCGAUCAGAGCCAUGGAGAAUUAUUCACCCAAGAAAGAAGACCAGCAGGACAGGGCAGGGUUUGAGAGUAAGGAACUAAUAACGGGUGUCACCGAGAGUCCCUCCACACAACUCUCUGACAGGGGCUUGCUUGUUCAGACUGAGCGAACUUUGGCUACUGAACAGUCUUUAAAGGACCUCACUUGGGACACGAUGACAAAAUCAGACUGUAGUGAUACGGUUUCCUGUCUUCCCACAAUGGCACGGGAUAAAACGUGUUCAGUUGAAACAGACAACAAAACUGGCCAUCAAAGUACACCAGGAGGACAAUGUUUUCCAGGAACAAUACCAAAACUCAUCAUCACUAGAGACCUGACCCCUAGCUGUUCACAGGAUGGGGCUAAGCUGCACCUGAACAGCGGGGCCUGUCUGGAACCUCAGCCUGAUGAUGAGUCUCCCUGCUCGGACAGUGGGUGUGGAGGGUCUCCUGCCCUGAUGCGCUCCCACAGAAAGCUGUCCAACUCCUCCUCCUUUGGCUUGUCCUCUGCUUCUUCAUUUGAGGAGUCUGAGGACGACUUCACAGGGAGCGAUAUUGAGUCCAGCCUCUCCCCUGGACGCCUGUCCUCUCUGUGUAGCCCUGAAGAUGGAUCAACUAAUAAGUCCUGGCAGAAGUUGAAGACCAUGGUUCACUGGUCCCCCUUUGUUGUCUCCUUCAGGAAGCGUUACCCAUGGGUGCAGCUCGCAGGCCAUGCAGGUAACUUCCAGGCAGGAGACUAUGGUCGUGUCUUGAAACGAUAUUGUGAAUGUGAGCAGCAGUGUUUACAGAAGCUCAGGGACGAUGUUCUACAGCCACAUGUUCCUGGGUAUUAUGGCGUGGUGAAGAAAGACGAUCAGGAAUAUAAUGUGAUGGAUGACCUCCUGGCUGAUUUUGAAUCCCCUUCAAUCAUGGACUGUAAAAUGGGCAGCAGAACAUAUCUGGAGGAGGAACUGUCAAAAGCACGAGAGCGUCCACGUUUGAGGAAGGACAUGUUUGAGAAGAUGGUUGCCGUAGAUCCAGAGGCGCCCACUGAACAGGAGCGAGCGCAGCAGGGGGUCCUCAAACCCCGAUACAUGCAGUGGAGAGAGACGCUGAGCUCCACGGCCACUCUAGGCUUCCGCAUAGAGGGCAUCAAGAAAGCUGAUGGAACUUGCAACACUAAUUUCAAGAAGACAAAGCAAAAGGAGCAGGUGAUGAAGGCUUUGGAGGACUUUGUCGAGGGAAAUAAUCAAAUUUUGAAACUCUACCUGCACCAAUUAAAGGAACUGAGAUCAGUACUAGAAAAAUCGCCAUUUUUCAGGACCCAUGAGGUUGUGGGCAGCUCUUUAUUGUUUGUACACGAUGCAUCGGUGAAGGCUAGAGUGUGGAUGAUCGACUUUGGGAAGACUGUUCCUCUUCCAGACCAACAGACCCUCGACCACCGGACACCGUGGGUCGAAGGUAACCAGGAAGAUGGCUACCUUUGGGGACUGGAUAACCUUAUUGAUAUCUUUAGCACUAUGCUUUCACCAAACCCUUCAGAGAAAAGUACCAAUGAUCUAUCCGAGGAAGACUGAUGCAAGUAAUAUUUCCUCAAAAGCAGUGGACAAUCUAAAAUAAUUAAAUAUCUUUAUUGACUUAAAUUAUAAGCACAACAGGCACACUUUAUAUUACUGGAAUUUGCCAAAGGACUUUUAAAUUCUACAGUUAUUGUCUGGGAACGAGAAAGCAUUCUUCAGUCACCUCAUCAUUACCGCAAAACAAGAACUUGGAAUUGUUUUUCCAGUAACAUUUAUGAACUUAUUUUUGUCAUAAACCACUUUAACACUAAGACGUUGGCAAGACCAUAUGUUACCUAAUAUGUAAAUAGAGAUUUAUUUAAUUAAUUAUUUGGCUUCUUUAACUUGUUUGUACAAUUUCUGUGCCUAUCAUUUUUAAGAUUCAUUCCAUUGCUGUGAACUUUUUUUUUUUUAAAUUCAGGUUCAUUUGCGUAUAAAGAAAACAUAUUACCCCAAAGUGUCUCUACAGCUGUCAAAUGAAAGUGUUUUUUAUGGUAGUUAAUUUGAUUUUUUGUUAAUACAGCUGCAUACAGAUAUACAAGAUUUUGUUUUUGCUUAAACUGUUGCACAAUGGAUCUUGACUAAGCCAUUGAACAAACAAGUAGUGCCUCUGUGUGUAUUGAUUGUGAGCAGUCCUGGGUUUACACACAAACUAAAGCACAGUAAUGAACAUGGUCAGCUUUUGAUCAGUGUUUUUCAUUUAGCUGGGAUUAAAGCAGUGAAAAAUUUGUAUUCAAAGUGAGUGAGCUGAUUAAAGCCUGCGUUCAACAUG